UGACCUGAAUAAUGCUUCAGCCGCCCUGAAUUCAUUUUCAUAAAUUACAUAAAACCACUUUUUAAAACUAUUUGGAAAUGACUUCCAUGAAAGUAGUAUAAGUCUCCACCCUUGUGUUUGUUCUUCAUUCAAUUGCCACAGCAAUGCAAUUGGAUCCAACUUUUUAGUUUCCUACUGAUAGAGUUGUCUCAAUAGCUAAAUCAUGACAGGCAUUGUUAUCAGUCCCGUUUCGUACCAAUGACAGAAAUGGCACAUUGUCCGGGAUUGAUAACUUCAAUGGCAGGUAAGGGUUUGGAAUGUGGAUGACAAAAGGCUUAGCUGUGGUUGAUUUGCUAAAGCACUCAACUCGGCUGUAGACAAUACAAUAUUGCAGGUGACAGAGGAAAAUGGGUAUCAGAAAUAAAAGUAAUGCUUGUGAUUUUCUGUCAUUCUCGUUGCUCUUGUAUUUCUUAAUAUUUCCAUCAGUAUGUGCAACUGAUACCUUGACUCAGUCCCAACAAAUCUUAGUAGGACAAAAUCUCAUUUCUGCAGGCCAAAUAUUUGAGUUAGGCUUCUUCACUCCCAGCAAUUCUAGUAAACAAUAUAUAGGGAUAUGGUACAAGAACAUACCUGACCGCAAAGUUGUGUGGGUGGCGAACAGAGAGAACCCGCUUCAAGCUACAGACUCUGCUUCAAGUCUCACAAUUGGCAGCGAUGGAAAUCUGAGACUAUUAGAUGGCAAGAGGAACACUGUUUGGUCUACAAAUAGCUCUGUCCAAUCAAAUAGCACAAUUGCCGUGCUUUCUGACUUGGGAGAUUUUGUUCUCAAAGAUAAUGUCUCGGGAUUUAUCUCAUGGGAAAGCUUUAAAUAUCCAUGUGACACUUUUUUCUCAGGGAUGAUGAUUGGAAUGAACAACAACACAGGAGAGAAACGAUUCCUGUCUUCCUGGAAAACAGAUGGUGACCCAUCACCUGGAAAUUUUGUUCUUGGACUUACACCAGAUAGACCGCCACAAAUUGUCUGUUGGAAUGGUUCCAAGACUUUGUGGAGAGGUGGUCCAUGGGAUGGAUGGAAGUUCAUAGGUAUACCAGACAGCGGACAGGGCUAUGUCAAUGGACUCAACCUUGUACCGGAUAAUCAGCAGCAAAGUGUGUAUCUCUCAUUCAACGUGUAUAACACCUCUGCUGUCACAAUUAUUGUCAUGACACCAGCAGGAACAGUGAAUACGAUGGUGUGGGCUGAAGAAACGAAGAGCUGGCAUGUUAAUUGGGUGGCACCAGCGAAUCCAUGUGAUGUCUACGGAUAUUGUGGACCAAACGGGGGUUGCAACAAGAACCGGUCCCCAAUUUGUGAGUGCUUAAAAGGGUUUGUACCCAAUUCAACUGAGGAUUGGAACAAAGGAAAUUGGACAGGUGGGUGUGUGAGGCGAUUGGAACUCCUAUGCCAAAAGAACAGUAGCAGCUUAGCUGCAGCUGGAGCUAAAAAUGAUGGGUUUUGGAGAAUGAGUGGAAUGAAGCUGCCUGAUCAGUAUGAUUAUUUGUUCAAUGAGGUUUCCUCAAGUUGUGAACAACGAUGCUUGAGUAACUGUUCUUGUAUGGCUUAUGCAUUUGUGACUGGAAUUGGGUGUAUAGUUUGGUCUGGAGGCCUCAUUGAUGUCCAGCAGUUCUCAAUUAACGGGAAUGACCUUUUUCUCCGCCUUGCAAAUUCAGAGCUGGGUGAAGAUCGUAAGAAAAAAAGAGAAAUAAUCAUUAUCAGUGUAACGACAAUUUCUGUGGUUCUCCUCUUGGGUGCUGUCAUCUUUGGUUCGUGCAGGUGGAGAGCCAACCAAAGAGGUAAGAAUGCUCUACUGCUUGUUUACAUUGAUUACAUUGAACAACCAAUCAUCGUUACUUCAUCUUUUAGUAAAUGAACUAGAAAUAUUCAUUUCUCCCUGAAAGCCAUACUAAAGAUUUCUCUAGGU